AAAAAAAUUACACAUACCUUUUUUUGAUUAAAUAAAAAUGACUGUUACUGAUUCUUUCCCUUUGGGCUACUUUUACAUUAUUUCCAAGUUUAACGGCUUAGCUUUAGACAUUGAUAAAACCGAGCCCAUCGAAGCUGGUUCUAAGGUUGUUACCGCUGUUAAAAUUGAAGACAGACAAUUAAGAGAUAGUCAACUCUGGAUUCACCAAAAUGGUUUCCUUACAAAUAAACUCGGUGGUCUUGUUCUCGAUAUUGGGCGUUCCAAGUCCUUCAUGGCCAUCUUUUCUGGUGAAGAACACGUCUAUGUUGACAAUAUGAAGCACGAAAACGAUGCUAGGGAUCAGCGUUUUGGUUACUCCAGUGAACACGGCCAUAUCUACACCCUCUUUGAGACAAACGAUGUUGUGGAUAUUCGCAAGAAGAAGGAGGAACCUGGAGCUGCUAUCAUGAUUUACCACAAGGCUGAAAAUGUCGAGGAAGGUAUCAACCAACUCUGGGAUCUUCAAUUGGCUGAUCCUCCACGUGUUCUCGAUUCCUCCGACGAUGAAGAAGAUGAUGAUAAAUGCGCUCGUCUUCGUUCCUGGUUCGGUAACUGGGGUGGUUGGGGUAAGGACGAUAAAGAAGCUGUCUUGAAGGAAAAGGAGUUGAAGGCUGCGCAUGAAAAGGUCUACGAAAAGAACAAGUCUCAUUUAAGUUAUGAAGUCAUUGCCGGUGCCGUUGCUGUGCAAGCUGUAAAGAUGUACAUGGACCAAAAGGAAGAAGCAGGCGAGGAUAUCCAUUUCAAGGGUGCUAAACAAGCUAUUGCUGGCUAUGCUGCUACUGAAAUGGUAAAGAUGUUCAUGGAACGUGGUACUGAUGAUGAUGAUGAGGACGAUGAUGAAGAGCAAAAGGAAAAGAAGAAAUCCGUACUUCAAAACAUGGCUGUUUCCGCUGCUCAAAACUACUUUGAUAUGAAGAAAUAAAGCCUAUUUGUAAUCCUGUUUAAUCUUUCUAAAUACCACGUCUUGUUAAUAGAUCACAUUAAUAAUAAAAAAACUAUUAGAAGAGUGUCGGACACAAACGCCAUUGAAUUGUAUUUACGACUAAUGAAAAACAAUUGAUGAACGUGGCUUUUUUUCGGUUUCUUUACAUUAAAAACAGCUCCAUUGAUCCUUGACCUAUUUUACCCAACAAAUCCCUCUAUUUUUGUGAGUUUCCGUUUGCUUUGGCUUGUGUCCUGCGAAGUACGACCCUAAACCAAUCUUUUUCGGAUAAUUUUAUCAAAGUAGCCUUGAACAUGUC